CUACAAACGAAAGUUUUUGUGAGUGCCAACAUCCCGCGAAUAUGUACUUUUAGUUUUGCGUCGAUAUCUAAUCUGUGUACAAGGAAGUUCUCUCGUCGCCUGGCCCAGUGCAGAACUCUAACUUUGCGAGCUUUUUUACCCUAGGAUCCUGAUACAUGGGUGCGGCAGUGGCAACAUGAAAGGGUCUGAGAUGCACUUACGGGCUCUCCGCCACUCUCCAAUCUGCUUGUCGGCGCGCAGUGUACAGCUUGGGCCUUGUAAGCCUCUGUGCCCCAGGAUCCUCAGAGGCAAUAUAAGCCUCACGGAAGAGUGGAUUCACUCCCCACCGCUCUUCUGCUCCCCUACCCACCAUGUACUCACUCGCCCCACAGAACGCCUCCGCCGCAGUUGCAGGCUCCUGGUAUCCAUCUCCUGCCUCUCGUGGUACAUGGCAAAUCAUAUCCACCUGCAUAUCCACCCUCGUCAUCUGCGUCUGGAGCGCAAUCCACAUCUACAUACCUCCUAACCGCCGAAAGCCGUCCGUUCUCGAGAAAGCUCGGUGGCUGAUCGUCGGGCUGCUGGCACCCGACUGGCUUCUCUUUACGGCCUUCAGUCAGCUCUGCCAGACGUGGGAGCUCUCAGAGCAUGCAGGCGAUUACUUGCUGGUGGGACAGCUGGUGGCUGCUCUCACCUGGCAAGAAAGGUUAUGGAGAUAUGUCGGUGCCUGGGUUGGAAGAAGUGAGAUAUCUAUACACUCGUCCACCUCGACAGAAGACGGACGCAUCCUAUGUGCAGAAGCGGAAAUCGAUAUCGAUAAAACUGACGCUGAUAGCGUUACGAUUCGGUCCUGCGUCCGCAAGAACACUUGGACGCUCACUCACGGCUACUACGCCGUCAUGGGCGGCUUCGUCCUCGACUCUUCGCCGACCCCGGUCUUCGGGACAGAGACGCGACUGGUCUUGGCUCCGUGGAUGAUACAGUUCCUCAUGAAGCACGACACUGACCUAAUUCCCGGUAUCUUGAAGGGUGAUAUCGCGUGCCAGAGCAAGUCCGGCGGGCUCGCGAAGGCGCUACUCGUUGUGCAGCUGCUCUACUUCGCUGUGUCCUGCACUGCACGCCUCGUGCAGGCACUACCACUCAGCUUGUUGGAGGUCUGGACACUUGCGCACGCACUCGGAGCGAUCUUCGUGUACGCCAUAUGGUGGAAGAAGCCACUGGACAUCCCCAAGCCGACGGUGAUCAUAGGGAAGAGAGCACACGAAUUCGCAGCCUACUUCCAAGUGGUCGGCACGCCGAUUGUUCCACGUGCUAUGGGGCUUUCGAAUGACUCGGGCACUGCUGAGAUGGAUUAUCUCAAGAUCGCUUUUUGCGCGCACGCGGGGGAUAGCGAAAUCGCCUUCGACGAGCAGGAGACAUUUACCAUGCUCCCCACGCAGUCCGUCCAGGUCGACGCCUACACCUUCACUAUCAGGGCCGGGGUAGCGUCAGACCCCGACAAUUGCGACAUGUUUGGCAAGACCCACUGUCCGUGGCACGCGCGAGAGCGGAGGCCGGAUGGUAGGAUCACGCUUGGGAAGACCGACAUUUUGCGAUGGCGGCUCGCCACACGCGCAGCAGCGCGAAUAGGCGGAUUCCGGAAGCCUGAGGGGUUGAUUCACUACACGAAGACAGGCGGGCUGCAGACAGCUGAAGUACUUUCCUCACUCCGAGAAUGGAUCAUCCUCCUCGCCCUCAUCACCACAUACGUGCUGCCACAUCUAUUGGGCUGGGAUGCCGCAUUCCCGACGCGCAUCGAACGUGCGCUAUGGCGUAUCACGUCCGUUGCAGCGGUGGCCUUCCCUGUCACCUUCUACGGCACCAUUUCUCUCACUGCUUUUCUGCUCUAUGAAACUCCUAGCGAAAAUAUGCCACAUGUGCUGCGUAUUCUCACCGGGUACACGUCUACUACACUGUAUUUUUUAUCUGUCAUCCUGUAUAUCUUGGGGAAUGUGUACUUUCUUGUCGAGAGCCUCAGACAGCUCCCCUACCUCCCUUGCAGCGCAUUCUUACUUCCGAACCUUUCUAUUUACUUCCCUCACUUCUCAUAGCACGGUCAGCUCUCUGUACUAGUUGUUUUCUCUGCGGUCCGAGUUUUAGGAAACAGCCUUGAUUCGAGACUUGUUCUUUCACCAGUCGCCGUGCUCACACGCACACGUACAGAUUCUGCUUUGUCUCUUGUGUGAUGUAGAGCGUGUAUAACUACUCAGCUGCGGCAGCCAGACAACAGCCGAAGAUUUGGCGUGGUCGGGUCCACGAGCGAGGAUUUGUGCUCGACCAAUUUAAUUAAUAACAGCAAAGCCUGUACAGAAUGAUCAAUUAGAAGA